GUCUUUGUUUCCCUUUCACCUAUCUACCCUCCUCUCUCUCUCUCUCUCUCUCUCUCUCUCUCUCUCUCUCUCUCUCUCUCUCUCUCUCUCCUCUUCUUCUUCUUUUUCCCCAAUUUUCCUUCUGUGACAUUUUUUCCUCUUGUCUCCUCUCUUUUGUCAAACAUUGCAGCUAUGCUUCGCUUCAUCCGUGACCAUGCCAGGAAGCACCCUGGACUCAUCCCACAGUUUUUUUUCAUAUGCCUGGGAAUUGGAGGUGCUGCAGUUUAUCUGGUUCGUUUAGCAAAGGGACCCCAUGUUACAUGGAACAAAUCUGCCAACCCCGAACCAUGGAAUCAGCUCAGUCCUACCUAUCAGUAUAAGUUUCUAGCUGUAAACACAGACUACAAGAAUCUGAAAAAAGAAGGACCUGACUUCUAAAACACCAUAUAUGAGGAUACUCCACGUUUAGCAAACUGCUAAGCACAUUUCUGUCUGUUUGAUAUUUGUAUUGAGCGGUGAAGGUGUAUAUGCAUGUAGGUGUAUGAAACCAUAAUGGUAAAAAAAAUUAUGAAAAAUUUUGCAGUAUAUGAAAAAUCAUAAUCACAGCUUGCAGUAAAACAAAAAAAAAAUCAAAACUUUCACUAAAAUAUGCACAAAAUGACUGUAAUAAGGACAGAUUAAGAUUUUAUUUUCAACAAUCACAAACGAUAUAUGCUGCAAAAAUAGGAACUGUGGGCAAAAUGCAACGGCUUUAAUCUUAAACAUCAAGGUCACAUUAUGCUUAUAUCAUUGUACAGAAUAGGUAUUUUAUAUAUUAUUAAAUGCUGGUUGACUAAAAUGAGAAAACAAUGUAGUAGAUUGUGCUAUAAUAGACUGUAAUUCCAUAAAGUGUAUACAAUUAACUGUUGACUUUUUUUUUUUUUUUUUUUUUUUUUUUUU